AUAGCAAUCUAAGCGCGAUUGUUUCAAACACAUGCCUCCCAAACCCAGUAAAACAAAGAAGAAAAGAGAGGAGGAAGAGCGUUUACGCUUAGAAGAAGAAGCUCAGCUUCGUGCAGAAGAAGAAAGCAAAUUACGUCAGUUGAAGGAGCGGGAAGAGAAAAAACAAAGGAAACUAACUGAGAAAAAGGAGCUCAAGCUGCGCAAAUUGGAGCUGGCUGAAACUAGGGAAUUGCUGCAGGAGCACAGAAUUCGUCUCGAACAACUGGAAUCUGAAAGAAGGGCAGAAUAUGCUUGGAAGCGUUAUUUCCGUUGUGAUGGCUCGCCUAACCCAAGCAUCGAGAAGGAAGUCAACACAUUCAUGAGCUUAUGGCGGCUAGAUGAAUCACGGUUAACAAUGGAAGAGGUUAUGAAUGAUAGCGUUCACAGUUUGAAGCUAAUAGAUGAACUGCGCACGCUGGUAGCAGACAUCGGCGAUAAUGAAGAAGAUGCACAGACACUGGCGACAUACAGAAGAACAAUGCACGAGCUGCGGCAGCUCGUACAUGAGAAGCUGGACCGCGCAACCGUAGAAACAUUGUCACGUGCCACGCAUUACGCUGAUCACGAAACUUCAAACCUCCAAAAAAUAUGGAGAAAUGAUUGGAUAUCUAUAUGUAUCUGGGCAAACUUGUCCAAAAAUCCACGUGUGAGACAGUUCACAUUUCCUGAUGUGGACAUCACUUUCGAUAUACCCAAGUUCCUAACGCUAUCAGACUGCAGCUUCCUUAUCUCUUUCAUGAAAUUUGAUAACUACUCUGUAGAGUGUUCAUCCUACACACCCAAAAAGACCAACCCGGUGUCAAACAAAGAAUUAGAUGACCAGAUGAAGAAGCCACCUGCUGAGCAACCUGCAGGAGAGAUCGUUGAACCAACACUCACUGAAGACAUUCAAGUUGACCUCUUCAGCGAAUUCACCAGGAUUUCUGCAGUGGAGGAGACCGAGGAACCGACGGCCGAAGCUGAUGAGAUCACCGAUCCGCCUCCGGAAGACCUAAUUCCGACUCCAGAGCCCGACCAAUGGGAGCGCGCAAAGCUGUGCCCGGAUGCCGUAGAUUUGGGCGAGUAUCACGUGAUAGGCGGUGUCAUUCGUUUCGACUUGUUGACACUGCCCAGACAGCCUCGUUCGGGAAGGGGAUGGAGCAUAACCACGUGCGUACGCCCGCCUAUUCUUGCACCAUUUGAGUACAACGUGGAUCCAGUGCAAAAGAUUUCCCAGCAUUCAGUCGGAAGUGAGAGCCAAGAGAAGAAAGAAGAAAAGAAGGAAGAGAAGCCACCCGUUCAAGUUAAAUUCCGCCUUCCAAUGUGUUUGGUGAUUGCCGAGGACCCACUCCUUGCAAGAUGGGACCCAGAGGUGAAUCAGUGGCGUACAAGUGGCAUCGAGCUAGAAGAAUUUAAGGAGGACGAAAACCUCAUCGUGUUGCGCACCAGUGUAUUCGGCACGAUGGCUAUUUUCCAAGAUUCACACAUCAAUAUGCCGUUCCAAGCAUGGGAACUGCGACCUCUACCGUUUCGACAAAGUAAGAUGGCAAUGGUUGCGCAUUCAGUGAGUGCAGCCACGAACGAUUACACAUUCGGUCUGGGAGAACCUGCACUAAUGGCCAGUGCGUUCUCAGCCCCGGUCUAUCGAUCACACACCGGAGCCAGGUCAACACAACCAACCAGUGAUCAAAUGAGAGAAGGUAUGCCCGUGGAGGCAUCCACAGUCGAGAUUUCAAAGGACAACAUUCAUAACGAACCACCAGAAAAGGAUAUGAUCCUGGGCCCCGUGCCAACAUUAGGGAUAUCAGACGAAGCGUAUCUAAGCGAGCUGCCAGACACAAAUCAGUGCAUUCUAACUAUCACCGGCGGUCUAACUGAACUACGCCUGCAUAUCUUGGGUGAGCGCAUCGCUGUGUUACCCGGCCUACCCGAGCAGGGAGAAUUCUCCGAACCAGUGGAUACUGCUGGUAGCGAUUCAGACGGGAUGCCAGAUAUACCCAAUUACCACAGACAUGAACUCACUCACUUACAUGGGAGAUGGUUUACUUCUGAUGAACUGAUCACUGUCUUACAGCUGUCGGGUGUGAACAUAUUUCCAAGAGAAGAUUCAGUAUGCAGAGUAGAAUGUCUGGAUAAAAACCCCAUAGUCGAGCAGAGGCUCUAUGAACAGAUGGCCUUGCUAAGCCCUUCGUUCGCAUUUGCUUGUUCACGAUGGAAUGCGGAGUGUGGCGAUCGGAACACGAUCAUCAUCACCGCGGUGGAGCACGUGGAUAAUGAGCAUUCAAUAGAUGAAGAGGCAUGGCGCGUAUACGCGAUGACCCGAAAGAAGGUGACGCGACUUCGCGUGAAGGAAUACGAUGAAACAUUCGACCCGAAAGUUGAUCAGAAGCAACCGUUUCAUGCGGACCUUUACCAUAUGUUCAUGGACACUGGCUCAGAAGACGCAAAAAGACGAGUGCGGAAAAUCGAUUUGAAAUACUUUAAAACUGUGAGACAAAUACUACAAGCCACUAGAUUGGCUGUGUUUACCUGAACGCAUAAUAUCAGAAAUACCCACGUAGGUGCUCAAUGGUGCAAAUAAAGCAGUACAUUGUUAUCGAUGGAUUGUGAUGUGCAGAUCAGUCAGAAUCGAUUAAGUUCUUCUAAUUUACGAACGAUUUCUU